CGCCGCCGCCGCCGCUGCCGCCGCGCACCCCCGGCCCCCGAGCCCGGCGCUGCAGGAUGCCGGGGGGCAAGAGAGGGCUGGUGGCACCGCAGAACACCUUCCUGGAGAACAUCGUCCGGCGCUCCAGCGAAUCCAGUUUUUUGUUGGGAAAUGCCCAGAUUGUGGACUGGCCUGUAGUUUACAGUAAUGACGGUUUUUGUAAACUCUCUGGAUAUCAUCGCGCUGACGUCAUGCAGAAAAGUAGCACUUGCAGUUUUAUGUAUGGUGAACUGACAGACAAGAAGACCAUUGAAAAAGUCAGACAGACUUUCGACAACUAUGAGUCAAACUGCUUCGAAAUUCUCCUCUACAAGAAAAACAGAACCCCAGUUUGGUUCUACAUGCAAAUUGCUCCUAUAAGAAAUGAGCAUGAAAAGGUAGUUUUGUUCCUGUGCACUUUUAAGGAUAUCACUUUGUUCAAGCAACCAAUAGAAGAUGAUUCAACAAAAGGCUGGACGAAGUUUGCACGGUUGACGCGGGCCCUGACGAACAGCCGGAGCGUGCUGCAGCAGCUGACACCGAUGAACAAAGCUGAGGUGGUGCACAAGCAUUCCCGCCUGGCUGAAGUUGCAAACAUCUCCUUAACAGUGCAGAUGGUGCAACAAGUGAAAGCCUUCAGGUUAACUGAUGAAACAGAGGUUCUCCAGCUGGGAUCUGAUAUUCUUCCUCAGUACAAGCAAGAAGCUCCAAAGACUCCACCGCACAUUAUACUACAUUAUUGUGCUUUUAAGACCACUUGGGACUGGGUCAUCUUGAUUCUAACCUUCUACACAGCAAUUAUGGUUCCAUAUAACGUCUCCUUCAAGACAAAGCAGAACAACAUUGCCUGGCUUGUGCUGGACAGUGUCGUGGACGUUAUUUUUCUGGUUGACAUUGUUUUGAACUUUCAUACAACCUUUGUUGGCCCUGGCGGAGAGGUUAUAUCUGAUCCCAAACUCAUAAGGAUGAACUACCUGAAGACGUGGUUUGUGAUUGAUCUUCUGUCCUGUUUACCGUAUGACAUCAUCAAUGCCUUUGAGAAUGUGGAUGAGGGGAUCAGUAGCCUCUUCAGUUCACUAAAAGUGGUGCGUCUUCUCCGACUUGGUCGAGUUGCCAGAAAGUUGGACCAUUAUUUGGAAUAUGGUGCUGCCGUACUGGUACUGCUGGUGUGUGUGUUUGGACUGGUGGCCCACUGGCUAGCCUGCAUAUGGUACAGCAUCGGGGACUAUGAAGUUAUAGAUGAAGUCACUAACACAAUCAAAACAGAUAGCUGGCUCUACCAGUUGGCACUGAGUAUUGGGACACCAUAUCGAUACAACAGCACUGGCUCAGGGCAGUGGGAAGGAGGACCCAGUAAAGACUCCUUGUACAUAUCCUCUCUCUACUUUACCAUGACAAGCCUUACAACGAUAGGAUUUGGAAACAUAGCACCAACCACUGAUGGAGAGAAGAUUUUUUCAGUGGCCAUGAUGAUGGUUGGCUCUCUUCUUUAUGCAACUAUUUUUGGAAACGUCACCACAAUUUUCCAGCAGAUGUAUGCCAACACCAACCGAUACCAUGAAAUGCUGAACAAUGUGAGAGAUUUCCUAAAAUUAUAUCAAGUCCCAAAAGGCCUUAGUGAAAGAGUCAUGGAUUACAUUGUCUCAACCUGGUCCAUGUCCAAAGGAAUUGACACAGAGAAGGUUCUCUCGAUUUGCCCAAAGGACAUGAGAGCAGAUAUUUGUGUGCACCUAAACCGGAAAGUUUUUAAUGAGCAUCCUGCCUUCCGGCUGGCCAGCGAUGGCUGCCUGAGAGCCCUGGCCGUGGAGUUUCAGACGAUCCAUUGCGCCCCGGGGGACCUCAUCUAUCAUGCUGGGGAGAGUGUUGAUGCUCUUUGCUUCGUGGUCUCAGGAUCCCUAGAAGUCAUCCAGGACGACGAGGUGGUGGCUAUUUUAGGUAAAGGUGAUGUGUUUGGUGAUAUCUUCUGGAAGGAAACCAGUCUGGCCCACGCAUGUGCCAACGUACGCGCUCUGACAUACUGCGAUUUACAUAUUAUUAAGCGAGAAGCCUUGCUUAAAGUGUUGGACUUUUAUACUGCUUUUGCAAACUCCUUCUCAAGGAACCUCACACUCACCUGUAAUUUGAGGAAACGGAUCAUCUUCAGGAAGAUCAGCGACGUCAAGAAGGAAGAAGAGGAGCGCAUGCGCCAGAAGAAUGAGGUGACACUGAGCAUUCCUGUAGACCACCCUGUGCGGAAGCUCUUUCAGAAGUUCAAACAGCAAAAGGAGAUGCGGAAUCAAGGCUCAACCCACAUCGACCCAGAAAGGAACCAGCUUCAGGUGGAAAGUCGGAGCGUGCAGAAUGGGGCCUCCAUCACAGGCACCAGUGUGGUCACCGUGUCUCAGAUCACCCCCAUCCAGACGUCCCUGGCUUAUGUGAAAACCAGUGAGGCGGUGAAGCAGAACAACAGGGAUGCAAUGGAGCUCAAGCCCAACGGGAACGGAGAUCAAAAGUGUCUCAAAGUGAACAGCCCCAUGCGGAUGAAAAAUGGAAAUGGGAAAGGGUGGCUUCGACUGAAGAACACGAUGGGGACCCACGAGGAGAAGAAGGAAGACUGGAACAACGUCACAAAGGCUGAGUCGAUGGGGUUGCUCUCUGAGGACCCCAAGUGCAACGAUUCAGAGAACGGUGUAAAUAAAAACCCACUGAGGAAAACAGACUCUUGUGACAGUGGAAUAACAAAAAGUGACCUUCGCUUGGAUAAAGCCGGUGAGACUCGCAGCCCCCUGGAGCACAGCCCCAUUCAGGCUGAUGCUAGGCAUCCUUUCUACCCUAUUCCUGAGCAGGCCUUACAAACCACGCUGCAGGAAGUCAAGCACGAACUCAAAGAAGAUAUCCAGCUGCUAAGCAGCAGGAUGGCUGCCCUUGAGAAGCAGGUGGCAGAAAUUUUAAAAAUAUUGUCUGAAAAGAACGUACCCCAGGUCUCUUCCCCCACACCCCAUUUAUCACCCCAGCGCCCCCCCCAGAUACCUUGCCAGGAUAUUUUUAGUGUUUCAAGGCCUGCAUCACCUGAAUCAGAAAAAGAUGAAAUCCACUUUUAGCAUAUACCUAUGUGUAUAUAUGUAUACAGUAUAUAUGCAGAGGUGUAUAUAUACCUUUAUACAUAUAUAGGUGUGUGUAUAAGGUAAAUAUAUAUACAUAUAUAUUUUCACUUGCAUCCAAUAUGACUUGAACACACCAAGGAUUUUGAUAUGUAAAUAUUGCAUGUCCAGCUGGAUUCUGGCCUGCCAAAGAAAACAAUUAUUAACAUAGAUAUUGCUUGUAUAAUAUGCAGUUGACUGCAUGCACACUUUACAUUUAUUUAUAAUCUCUAUUAUGUAAUAAAAGAACGACUUUUGUUUAACAAAGGCAAUGUACUAUUUAAAGAAUCAGGGUCUAACCUGCCAAUAUUGCCAUGACAGUUUUGAUCUCAGGCUGGGUGAAUUGAGCUUUUACUUCCUCACUGUCUUUUCUGCCAAGUUAGGCAGUAAGUUAAUGUGACAUGGAAGACGUUCAGGCUUCAAGUAGCACCAUUUCCUGGUAUCAUUCCACUACAAUAUACUCUGUAUUUGGUAAGAAGUCCCCCUGCUCCUCCUGAAGGGUGGGCUCAGCUCAGUUGCCAGGGAAGGGCACCAUGUUCGGUGCUGAAGUAGAUCACUGGAGUUUAUUCAUGUGGAUGUUGUGCAUGCACAGCCUUCUCUUUCAAGUAUCCUCCUGCUCUUUUAACAUCGUAAGUAAGACAUAGUAAUGGUGAUAUAUGUAAUGAAAUGCAACAAGCCGAAGCUCUCUCAGCUGCACACCCUGUCUAUUUGGGGGUAACAUCUUUCUGAAAAGCCUCCUUUUAUUGAUGCAGUUUUUACUGAACACUUAGAGUGACAUUAUGUAGAUUCUCUUUGCAGCACUUGGCGAUGGUGUCCGCUUCUGUCAGUAUCUUCAUUAGGAUGUCCUGUUUUUCUGAGGUUGCUCUCCCUCUGUCCCCUUUGUUGCCUCUGGCAAAACGACUUUGAAUGAGGCCUGAGCAAGGGAGAAAGCAGUCGUGCUUCAGCUGCUCAGGAGCCUCAGGAGCAGAUUUGGGAAGUUAUAAGGCUGCAGUGAAUCCCCUUACACUCUCUUUUCUGACGCUGUUUAUCCAUCCAAUGCUACCUUUGAGAAAGAGAGAAAAUCAACAGCCAGGAUGGGAAGUUGGUGAUGGUGAAAUUCCCUUUGCCUCAGGUACUCAGGUGAUGUUGUGGUAGGAGACUGGUGGGUGUGAUGUGGGGAAGAAGUCUUUCUCGCCUUGGACUUGAUGAAGGUUUCGGUGAAUGGGAUGUUCACAUUUGAGCACAAGCUCUCUGCGCCCACCCCACCAGUUGUUAGGCAUAUUAAAGCCAGUAGGUCUGUCUUAGGUGCUUUGACCUUCCUCUUGGCUGGCUCCAGUCAGCAUCUCCCAUUCUUGAUCUGUGCUCAGCCUCCAUCUCUGCCACUUAGGCUGAUGCACAAGGGUCAUGAUGGCUUUGCAGGGCAUGCUUUUGCAUUUGACCCUGUUUAUUUCUGCUACUGGGAGCUGAACUCUUGGACUCUGAGUCUACACUUGGAUAAGGUGGGGAUUUUUUGUCUCCUUGCACUGUGUGAGAAUUUAAGCAGAGAAGUACUGGCAGCAGAAGAGGCCAUCAUGGCAAAUCUACUGGUGGCAUAGCAGAGCGCAGUGACUCUUUCAGAGAAGGACAUCUCUACCACACUUCAAUGGCCUCUUGCAGUAAAGUCCCCUGUUUUCAGAAGUGCCUCAGGUAAAAUGUGUACCAGCCACAAGGCAUUACUAUCAAUCAUUUAAAUAAAAGGCAUGUUUAUAAUCAGUGGGCAUCUUUACCAGAUAUUUUACUUCACAUUAGGAAACUAAGUUGAACUAGAUGACUUCUUGAGAAACCAAAAAAAAUCCAAAGCCAACAAAAAGCAACCAACAAACCAACAAUGUCUGUAGUAGUGCCAAUUAGGAACUUGCGUCUUUGAGUGAUCAUAUCUCCUACAGUGAAAUCCAAACCCAUAAACUACAAAAAGAUUCUAAAAAAGCCAAAGAAGCCAUUGCUUCUAUUGUGUCAGCUCAUGGAAAGAGGACAGUGAUCUUUCUCUUUUGUUAUUCCUUUCUGGCCAUUUCUGCCUUUCAGUUUCUUUCUUCUGGGAAUUAUAGGAAGAAGGAAAAACAAACAAAAGUAAAAUCUGAAAGGGACACUGAAAGGGACAGGUCUUCUCAAAGGCUGGUUUAGCCUGCUUGCUCAUCAUGCUUUCUGCAGCUGCAGGUGCCAAUGUCAAAAGGGGCAGCUGUAUUUUGCGUCCGCUCUUCAGACACAAGUACAAAUCUGCAGCCACACUUUGGUCAGCAGGGACAAUCUGCACCCGCAGAACAGAACUUUGUGAGUCCUGCUGUAAGCCUUCCCCUGGUACUCUGAUAGAGUUGCAGGAUUGCAGCCUUCAGGAGUUAAACGGUUGCUGCAGGCUGCUGGAGCAGGCAUGGACCUUGGGGGGUACAACUUAAGUGCCGAGGUUUGAAGAGGUGGCUGUUGUUGCCUGGCUGGAGCUGUAGCUCAGCCAGACACACAGCAGUUUACCUCCCUCUGCCCAGAGCUGCCCAGUCAAUAGCUGAGCCAAGAGGCUGCCUGGGCUGGGGUUGGGUCAAGUUCCUCGCAUGCAUAAGUAUGCCCUGAAAGAGCCGGCUGGGUGGUAGGGAUGACUCUGUUAGAAAGCUUUAGCCUUAAUGGCAUUCCUCUGCCUUUGUGAAGGACUUUUUCUGUUUCUCUGUAACUGAUAUUAACUCUAGCUAGAACUGCAUGGCAUGCAAAGGGAUCUCUGUUUCAGUUUAUCUUGCAAGUCAGAUGUAACUUUGUGCCACCUUACAGUGAGAGAUCAUGUAAUAGGAUUAAUCUAACCUUGAAAAUUAUUUGAGCCCGGAAUGUCUAUUGCAGUUCAAGUGCAACUCUACUGGUUGAAACACUAUAAAUAAUGUAAAAUAGCAAGUUCCUGAAACAAAUGCAGCAUUUCCAGGGUCACUUUGCUCUGACUCUGAUAUUCUGGUGUUGUCUAUUGCAAGUUCAGUGGAACUGGCUGGUGCCUUGCUCAGUCAGUAGUGUGAUGGGUGUUUUGCAAACAGCAGAAACUCUUUCUGCAUAUGGGCUCUGUGUGCUGGGGGUGCAGCUGGAGCUACAACUCCAGUUGCUGCUAUGCUGAAAAUACAGUUCUGAAGCAUUUUGGAGCAUAACGUGUUGUUUCGUGGAGUUGUUACCGGGGCACUUGUUCAGCUUUCCCAUCUGCUAACAGCAGUGCAUGGUGUGAUCCAGCACACUGUCAGCUGGAGCGUCCCUUUCCUGUUCAAGAAGCAUGAGUCCGUGUUGCAUUCAGGCUUCACUCAAAGCAACCACUGUAUUCAUGCAAUAAGGGACCACAUGUGUCCCUUCCACUUAUGCCAGCAGCCACGUGCUGCAUGCAGGGAGCUCUCAGCUGCAUGCUUUCCUUUCCUGUAAGAGCUGCAUACAUGUACAGAUGUUCCUGCCACGUCUGGUAGUGGUGUUCAUAGCACGUACAGUGUGCUGCGUGUGUUCCAAGCAUUUUACCCACACACAAGUGGAUUUUAUCUUUCUGGAUAAGGUAUGAAUAGAAAUAAAACGUGUAAACAUUUUCCAAGGCAUAUGAACUAGAAUACUUCAAAUAGCAGUUUUGUGUAAUACUACCUAUAUGAGAUAGAACAGCACUUCUGGCUAAUAGCUGAAAAAAAUAACUAUUGUAGUGGAGAUAGAGAAGGGAAGUAUCCCUCAGUUCUUCUGAUUUUGUAUUUGUACGUCCCGUUUUCUGUGUUUUUGUCUUUGCCAGGGGACAGGGGUUAGAGCAGAGCUGGCUCUGGCAGUGACAAGCUUUGCCGAUUUUUUCUUUUCCCUGUUCUGCAGAAGUAGCACAACUGUAGGGAUUUGAAGCUGCUGGCACUGAUGUUUGGGUUCACUGCCAGAUCCAAACUGAGUCUUCAUUCACCACCGUGAGGAAAGCAAUCCUGUUACACAGGCGUGAGCUGAAGUUUGAAUCUGACGAACGUAUGGGACCGUACAGUGUGUUUUGGAUUCCAGGACAAUUGUAGAGAACUGCUGGCUGCAGAAUUAAUGUUGCACUAUUUGCAAGCAAUGAGCAGUCACUCUGGAGGUAACUGAGACUGUCGUGCAGACUUCAUCGUUUGCAUGGGUCACAGAAGAGAUGUGUUCAUAAAAGUGCUUGGAGGCUUUUUUGGGAAAAAGACAUCCUGAGCUGGAAGGAGAAAAUCCACAAAAGCCUAAGGUUUAAUGUGCAAUUUGGGAGUGAGGAGGAGGAAGUGGGAUGCAUUACAGUGACUUGACGCUUUCUUACUUGGGUUUGGGGCAUUUGAAAAACCCAAAGCUAUCUUUUUGGAUGUCACAAUUGGACAGAUGACUAUUUGUUAAAUAUUUUUCCUCAGUGAAGUGCCACCAAAGCAAUAGCCAAUUUUUAAAAAACGCUUUCAAAUAGUUGCCUAAGGAAGAGAGUUUUUACAGAUUUUGUUACAGUUGUUUUUAGCAGGCUGUAUCUAAAGGCUUUAUUUGAUCCUUUUUUUGUAGCAUAAGCUUGUGUUAACACAUGUCUUUAGGUCCAUAGAUCUGUUGUGCUUUAUAAUCUUGCUGCCAACAUAGUUGAUAGGGAGUGUUUAAGAAGUGGGGUUCCUUUGAAGAAAAGCAUCUCAUCAUGGUACCCUGUGCUCUGUGACUCCAAUCCUGAGCUGUGAGAGUUAAACAGCAGUAGUUUACAUUUGUUUUGGCACUUGUGUGUCUGCACUGAUUCCCUUUAGGGAAUUUAAGGAAGGAAAUAGAAGAGUUGAUGCAGUCCUUUACCUGGAUGGCCCCACUCUUUACCUGUGUGUGUGCCACCAGAGCACCUUCCUAUGGUGCCCACAGAAAAGGAAGGUUUGAUCAGACUGCUCUUUGACAUCUGAGAAUAGGUUUUGUCAUUUCCCCUUACUUUUUUUUCAUACAAGCAACUAACAUGAUCUCUGAUUUUUUUUUAAUUGUUGUUAAUGUGUUGACAUUAAUUUAAUGUGUUGUUUACAAAAUACAUUCUUAAAGCAAAUUGCUGAAUGGAGAUAAAAUAGAUAAGAAGAAAGAACUGUCUUGCUUUUUCUGGCAGAAAAGCAAGAGAUGUUCAUACUGACAUAAAGAAUAUUGUGCAAAGAUCAACGUUGUGAUACCCAACAAAUGACAAAAGGAAUAAAAUCAUCCUUUCUAAGGGUGCAUUUAAUAGUACAGAAAAUUGACCUUGUGCUGUGCUAUGGGACAGAUGACUUAUAUUGAUUUUGAAUAUUCAGAUGACACAACCAUUCAAAAAGGGCUUGUCCAGCCCAUAUGUUAUGUUGAUGUGCCUCCUGUUGCAAAGCAGGUGGAUUCAGGCAUCUGGGGCAGUAUAUUUCCUCAUCGUUUUCUGUUCAGAGAUGUAAGGUUGCUUGGCCCACAGUCUGAGGCUGCUGGUGUGCACCCACACUGUCACUGGCUGUCUGCCACAAAUAUGUCAAUUAGUCUUAAUUAAAAGCUCUAUAAAAAGGACUUUGUAUUAGCUUGGGAUCAGCCACCCCAGUGACAUGCCUGUAAGUUAUCUGGUUCAGCGCAGACUCAAUUCACAGUCAUCAAUGGCAAAGUUUGUUUCUGCCUGCCUGCCAAGGAUGUAUGGACACAUCAUAGGUGUAUAUACCUGCCCAUUUGCAGUAGAGACAGGUCUGGCCCUUUUGAGUCAGGUGUUUCAGGCAGUUGGAAUAAAUUGUUCUCCAGAGGUGUCAGUCUCUAACCACUUACAGUAGAGUAACGAGUUCAGAUUAGACACUUGAUUUGUAGGCUGCUGAAGGGUAGGUUAAGAGAAUCCAGCCUAUAACUCAAGCUCCCAGCCUGAUCCCAUUUGUAUGAAAAGGUGCCCUAAAAGAAACCACUUACCAUCUUUCCAUCACAGAGGCACUUUCAUACAGGUAAAAUUGAAAUGUCUCAGCAUGCAACCAGAAACAAACUGUACAGCUCCUAAGCUGCUGAGACAGCUCCCUAAGAACACUCAGGUGCUUGGUUCUUGGCCAAUGGUGAUCAGAUUUUUAACUUUUUACUCUAAUACCUUUAUAUGGUACUCCAGGAACCCUCAUUUUCCCGGGUAUAUGGCUAUUGUGAUGCUCUCAUGCAACAGCAAGGUGUGGAUGGCAAUCACCCAUCACUUUUUUGGACCCAUCACUUUUUUGGACAGUGCCAUCUAUUUGGGAUCUUUGCCUGCUGUAGAGCAUUAAGAAUGCCAGGAGUCUCAUAGCUGGGCUGUGUUGUGCUGUGGAAAGAGGCCCAGUCUUGGAAAAGUCCAACAGAGGGAAAAAUAUUUGCUGGAGAGCUUCCAAAGUAGAGAGUGACUGAGCAUCAGGUAUUGCCCAGACUGAGCAGAGCCAUGGCUCUGUAUUGUGCAACAUGGGGAGAGAGGAAGGAGAGAAGGAUAUAAAGAAUGAGGGUCCACAAAUGGUCACAUGUUGCUGAAGUUGUUUUUUAUUAGUCUCUCUAUAGUAGCUGUUGGUGCUUUGUAAUUUAUUUAUCUGGAAGCUGGCAGGCUCCUGUUUAGUCCUAAAGUUCUAUGGGCUGUGUGUCAUCACAGCGAAUGGGCUCUGCCUUUGAAGCUGACUCUACUUUGAACAGGAGCAAAGAAUUUCCCAGCAGUCCUGCCUGUGUUUUUGUAUCACUGGUGUUUCUGGAGGUUUUAGUAGCGCAAAUGGAAAGUGAAAUAUGAGAGUUCUUGGUUACGUCUCAUUAUCUUCCAGUUUUCAAUAUAAACUUAUUGAGGAAUGUGUUGUCAAUUUUCAAGGUAAGAAGUGCUUCUAAAAGCUGGUACUUAUCAAGCAGACACCAGAGAAAUUUGGCAUGUUCUGAAACUACACCAUUUAAAUGAAUUAAACCCUUCACUGGGUAUCAGCUAACAUCCACACUCAGUGCCAAAUGCUGAGAAAAAUGUCUUGGUGACCAUGCAGUUUCUGGAAGCAGUGGACUAAGACAGAUACUUCUGCAACAUCAACUCCCUCUUCCAGCCUCUUCUCCAGCCCAUUGAAAGGUGAUUGUAGUGUCUAGAAAUGCCAUUAAAAAAAAAAAAAUUCAGUAGUAUUUGAGCUGAUUUUCAGUGUUGCACUGGCAGAGAUCCGUGGGCUAUUCUUACUCCUCUGAAUUCAGCCUUCUGCUCUCAUUGUUGGCAUGUUGACACCAUUGCUCAAACAGACUGGGCCUGUCCAUAGGCUCCAUAGGGUCUGGGAACAUCUAUGAGGCCCACGCACAUCCCUAGAGCCUGCUCCAGCCCCAUUCCUAAGCUCAUCCCCUGUUCUCUUGGUGUGAUAUUACAGGUUCAUCCCAAGUUUUCUCAUGGCCCUUUUAGGUUUAAAUGGAAAGCUGGUUUUCUAAACACUGACUGUGUGUCCAUGCUGUCUUGCAAAGUUACUCAAAAAAUCCUUUCCAAACCACAGCUUAGCAUCGAGUUUCCAAAUAAAUCAAGCACACCAAGGCAAGCCUUCUUCCAUUCUCAGUACAUUAUUUUAUUAAACAAACCUUAUUUUUUGUUUUAUAUUGGGCACUUAUUUGCAGUCUUGAAUAUUGUAGUGUCCCAUAGGGAUGGAGAGGACCAUAGUGUUAAUAUUUUUUAAUGAGCCCUUCUAAUGAGAAGGGGAACUCAAAUGAGACACCAGCUUCAUGCUCAGUCCAAUAUCUGCCACUUGUGACUCUUUUCUCUGUUUUCCUCCUGUAGUUACACCUUAGUUGAAGUUCAGCACUGGCAGCACUUUGAACUGAUGCCAUGCAGUGCUAUUAAAGGUCCUCUUCAUUUCCUCCAGCUGACCCUAGGGCUCUGCUCAUCAUUUCCUUGUGAGUUAUGCAGGGAUGCUCAGGUGCUUUCCUGCCCUGGACUUGUCUUCAGAAGAAUUAUCUGAUUUGUUUCACCUUUCUCUGUUGUUAUUUGGUUUUCCUAGAACAAAAAGCAUUUUUUUGUGUGUGUUAGUA